CGACUUGACAGAAUGGCUCCUCAACAGACGGAUGCGAAUGGUGUGCUGUUCGAGCAUGACGCGCAGACCGAAGACGUGGCCCCGGUGAAGACGCCGGUCAGGCAAGCCGGCGACGCCAAGUGGGUGUACCAGUGGCAUAUGAUAAUCUUUGCUAUGUUGCUCUAUUCUUCCGGGCCGUAUGGAGGCUAUCUGUUCCUGGUGUCGGCGAAAUGGCAAACGAAGAUAUUUACCAUCUUCUUGUAUGUGACGACAUUUCUUGGCAUAGCAGCGGGAGCCCACAGGCUUUGGAGCCACAAAGCCUAUAAAGCUAAAUGGCCUCUCCAACUCAUCCUUAUGAUCUUCCACACUAGUGCUCUCCAGUACUCUGUGAUAAACUGGGUGCUCGACCACCGCAUGCACCACAAGUACGUGGACACGGACGCGGACCCGCACAACGCCACACGCGGCUUUUUCUUCUCCCACAUCGGUUGGACGAUGGUGGAUAAACACCCGGAGUUCGAGCGCAAGAGCAAGGGGCUGGACCUUAGCGACGUCGAAGCUAAUCCUAUACUGCGCUUCCAACGAAAGUAUUACGUAAUCCUGGUCACGAUUAUUCGCUUCAUCCUCCCCACCGUUGUCCCGGUCUACUUCUGGGACGAGACCUGGAAAAAUGCCAUCUUCGUACCCGUGUUGUUCCACAACGUCUGCAUAUUCAACGCUGUUGCAUUAAUCAACUCCGCUCUCCACAAAUGGGGGUAUAGGCCCUACGACAAAAACAUGCUGGCUUCAGAAAUGAAUUUUCUCACUCCGAUAACGCUUGGAGAAAACUACCAUAACUACCAUCACGCUUUUCCUUGGGAUUAUAAGACGUCAGAACUUUCCGGUGGCACGUUUAUGUUGACUACAGCAUUCAUAAAUUUCUUCGCGAAAAUCGGCUGGGCUUAUGACCUGAAGACCAUCUCUGAUGACGUCAUUCAGAAGCGUGUUAUGCGUACUGGAGAUGGUUCGCACCAAAUUUGGGGAUGGGGCGACGUGGACCAGACUAAAGAAGAGAUGGCAGCAGCUGUAAGAAUAUACCCUAAAGACGAUUAA